AUGGAGCUCAAACCCACCGCCGCGGUGUACGGAGAGCCCCUGAACAUCUCGUCCAACCACACCGUCUCCAACCACACGCGCGCGCCCGGAGACGCGAGCGGCGCCGCGCCGGCGCUCGUGCAGGCGCUCGUGGCCACGCUGCUCUCGCUGCUCACGUGCGCCACGGCGCUCUCCAACGCCUUCGUGGUGGCGACGAUCGCGCGCUCGCGCAAGCUGCACACGCCGGCCAACGUGCUGAUCGGCUCUCUAGCCUUCACCGACCUCCUGGUGUCCGUGCUCGUCAUGCCCGUGAGCAUCGUGUACACGGUGCGGCGCGUGUGGACCCUCGGCCGCGUGCUCUGCGACCUGUGGCUCUCCUCAGACGUCACGUGCUGCACGGCGUCCAUCCUGCACCUGUGCGUGAUCGCGCUGGACCGCUACUGGGCCAUCACGGACGCCGUGGGCUACUCCAAGCGGCGCACCAUUUCGCGUGCCGCCGCAAUGAUCGCUGCCGCAUGGGUUAUCGCCGUGUCCAUCUCGCUGCCGCCCUUCUUCUGGCAGCAGGUGCGCGCUGAGGACGAGGUGACCACCUGCAACGUCAACACGGACCACGUGUUCUACACCAUCUACUCCACGUUUGGCGCCUUCUACAUUCCCACGCUGCUGCUCAUCGCGCUCUACGGGCGCAUCUACGCCGAGGCGCGCAAAAGGAUCCUCAAGCAGUCGCCCAAGCGUGUGGGCAAGAGGCUCACGUCAGCCCGCCUCAUCAGCGGCUCUCCGGGAUCGGUGGCCUCCACCACCUCGCUCAACUACGGCACACACGAGGCGUCCUCGUCCGACACCAUGCCCGUGGCCAACAACCAGGUGAAGGUGACCGUGUCCGACGCGCUCCUGGAGAAGAAGAGGAUCUCCGCUGCCCGUGAGAGGAAGGCCACCAAGACGCUGGGCGUGAUCCUGGGUGCCUACAUCAUGUGCUGGCUGCCCUUCUUCAUCUACACACUGCUGGUGCCCAUCUGUACCACCUGCACUUUCUACCCGGAGCUCUUCGACGUCUUCACCUGGCUAGGCUACCUGAACUCGCUCAUAAACCCCAUCAUCUACACCAUGUCCAACGAAGACUUCAAGCAGGCCUUCCACAAGCUCAUCCGCUUCAACUGCUUCAGGUCUUGAGCUGGCGGGCCUUGUCCAUCAAGAACAACAUAGGAAGGGUCAGCAGGACUCCAUCGUGAGAAGAUGGAUUUGAUCGGCCUGCAUGAAGCCGUUUUUGAGAAAUGGUCACGCCAAAGACAAAAGUGGCACACUCUUUUCA